AUGUAUGUGUGGGGGGGUGGGGGUUAUCCACCGCACCCUCUCCGUCCGCCGCCGCCGGCGCCGCCGCGGAAGCCGCCGCCGCCGCCCGACCCGCCCGAUUGGCUGCUUGCGGCGGGCGCGGCGGCGGCGGCGGCGGCGGCAGCUCCACGGCCAUUGGCUCAGGCAGCGGCGGCGGCAGGACGAGCUAAAGAUGUCUUGGUGAAUUUCCUCUUGCUUCUUCUGGCUUCGGAGCUUCCUCAUUUGUUCCGGAGCUAUGUACGGCACUACCAGAUUGCUGCCCCCUUGCCUCCUCAUCCGCUCAUCCGGACGGCAAUUGCUGCCCUAGACGCCGUGUCGGAAGAAUUGGCUGAUUCACUUUCGUAG